AGAGAUUCUGGUCGAUAUUCUAACUUAGCAGCAAAGAGUCUAGAAUUUCAGACACCGUGUCACUUGGAAAGGAUGAUGGGUACAGUGCUCAGUCCCAGAUUCGCUCCGCAUCCACCCCUGCUAUACUAUCUCAGAAAUUUUAAUGACUACUUUGCGUCUGUCUUCAACCGCACUGAAUUGGAAGAUCGAGCAUCUGUCCUCGUCUCUUCUUACGUCUCCAACUCCAGACUACGCUUUCUCUCAUGAUAUUUCCUUAACAACCGAGGAGGUUCUAAAUGCACUUCUAGCUCUCGACCCCGACAAGGCCACACUAAAAGAGACUGCGCAACAGAUUGCACCAUCACUGACUGGGUUUUUAAUAGAUCACUCAGCUGUGGCGUUUUUCCUGACGACUGGAAGCGUGCGAACAUUGUGCCUGUGCAUAAAAAGGGGAAUAAACGUUAUGUUGAGAAUUAGAGACCCAUCUCACUCCUCAGCCUUAUAUCCAACGUCCUAGAACGGUGUGUGCUUAGAAAUGCAAGAGAUCACUUACUACAGUAGAUUUGAUCAACUGUUUUCAACACGGCUUCAUACCGGGAAAAUCAUGUACAACCCAACUAUUAGCGGUACACAAUUACAUUAGGUCCUUACUGGAUGGUGGUAAGAAAACAGAUGUUAUCUAUAUGGACAUGUCAAAAGCCUUCGAUAAAGUUAAUAAUGAAACUCGACUACUUAAUAAGCUAAACAGCUGCUUCAACAUUUCUGGUAACUUGCUUUGUUGGUUGAGGACCUACUUAGGCAAUGCGUUGUGCUAGGCGCCACCUUCUUUGAAAGACCUGUAUUGUCAGGAGUGCCACAGUGUAUGUUCUAUAUUAGGCGCUACUUAAUUUUCCUCCUCUAGGUGAACGCCCUUCUUACUAAAGUAUUCAAGUGCGUUGACUCCAUCUCGGAUGCUGGCUUGCGUCAGAGUGACCUGAGUAGUCUGGGCAGUUGGUCAACUAAUUCAGGGCUUGUAUUUAAUCAAGAAAAAUGCAAGCUUCUGCGAAUUAUCAGGAAAAAGAACCCGAUCGAAUUCCUCUACGUGAUAAAGAGGAAAACACUGGACAUUUCAUUGGAAGAGAAAGACCUAGGCAUAUGGGUUACUGGUGCGCUUAUCUGGUCAAAACACACCUUUGAUUGUUGUGCCAAGGCUAACAAGUUGCUUGCAUGGUUUCCUGCGCAGAUCUGCUGUGGAAAUCAAAAAUCCAAACACCCGCCGCACGCUGUACCUGACAAGUGUCUGUCCUGCAUUAGGCUCACGCCAUCCAAGUCUGGUUCCCACAGUGAAUUGAACUAG